UUCAGAUUCUCUUUACAGUUACAGCUCACCGGAGCCAUACGGCCAUUCCUUCGCCGGAGCCUCUCUCUCGUCACCUUUAGCUUUCCAAAAAAUAAAAUUAAAUAACAAAAAAGCCAGAUCUACAGAACCCCCCCCCCCAAAAAAAAAAAAAAAAAAAAAAAAAAAAAGAGGAAAAAGCCCCUAAGUCUCGAUCUCCUCGAUUCGGGAGCUCCAAACGAUGGGCGAUUUCAAUCUCGCUCUCGUAAUCGUUGCCAUAGUCGUAUGCAUCCUCGUUUUCAUCUUCAAUGUCUACCUUCUCGUUAACUACCAGCAUCCCGACGACGCGAACCAGGCAUAUUUCCCCAAAUUCGUCGUCGUUUUGGGGCUCUCCGUCGCCGCGAUUUCGAUUCUUAUGUUACCGGCGGACGUGGCGAAUAGGCAGGCUUGUCGGCACUCGAUAUACAAUGGCGCCUGUAAUCUCACCCUGCCAAUGAAGGAUCUGUGGCUAGCUAUCUACAUUCUAGACGCCGUGCUGGUAUUCUUCGUUAUUCCCUUCGCCAUGUUCUACUACGAAGGGGAUCAGGAAAAGAGUGUUGGUAAGAGGAUCAAAAGCGCGCUGCUCUGGGUUGCGACGACGGCGGUCGUUUGCGGUCUCGUGCUUGGCAUUUUAUUCGGACUGAUUGGAAAGGUGGACUUCACUGUUAUGCACCUUUCGUCAACCACUACUUCCUUCCCUAGUACGUGGGACUUCUCUAGUAGUCAACAGUGUAUUGGAGGCACACACCAGUGCUCUGCAUAUUCUGCAAGUGCUUCUUCAGAGAAAACAUGGACUAUGCGCACUACAUUUCCAGAAUAUGUUGUCGCUCUUGCUACCAUUGUCGGAUCUGUACUUUUUGCUAUAUUUGGUGGAGUUGGUAUUGCUUGUCUGCCUUUGGGACUUAUCUUUGCAUUCAUCAGGCGUCCAAAGGCUGUUAUCACUCGCUCACAGUAUAUCAAGGAAGCAACAGAAUUAGGUAAAAAAGCGAGAGAACUGAAGAAAGCAGCUGACAGCCUCCGUCAAGAAGAAAAAAGUGGUUCUAAGGGUCGAAAGUGGCGUAAAAAUGUGAAGGCGGUAGAAAAGGAGUUGCUCCAGUUGGAAGAGGAUGUGAAGCUUCUUGAAGAGAUGUACCCUCAAGGAGAAAAGGCCGAGACUUCGUGGGCAUUGACUAUUCUUGGGUACUUGGCUAAACUUGUGCUGGGAAUUUUGGGGUUGAUUGUUUCGGUUGCUUGGGUUGCACAUAUUGUCAUAUAUCUGUUGAUAAACCCUCCUCUUUCUCCUUUUCUGAAUGAAGUUUUCAUCAAGCUGGAUGAUAUCUGGGGUCUUCUGGGUACUGCAGCAUUUGCGUUCUUCUGCUUUUACCUUCUGCUUGCGGUGAUUGCUGGGGCAAUGAUGCUUGGUCUGAGAUUAGUUUUUAUUACUAUCCACCCCAUGAAGUGGGGAGCCACUCUUAUGAACUCUUUUCUAUUUAACGUUGGUCUUAUUCUUCUUUGCUCCAUCAGUGUGAUACAGUUCUGCUCCACAGCAUUUGCGUACUAUGCUCAAGCAACUGCAGCACAGGAAAUAUUUGGCCACACGCUGCAAUCACUUCGUGGAAUUAGAUAUUUGUACAAGUACAACGUGUUUCAAAUUGCCUUUGUUUGUCUUGCGGGAUUGACGUUUGUGUAUUACGCUGCUUUUGGAUGGAGAAGAAGAAAACCCAGUGGCAGGUUUCAACUUUCUACUUAAGCCUAUUUCUGUUCCACGUUGAAAGGUCUGAUGUGGAAGGUCAGAGAAGUAGGCAGAUAUCAUCCGAGUUGAAUUGGGUUGCUGCAGUGAGAGUGGCAUGGUGAGUGCUGCGAAUGCUGCAACUGUUUAUUCUCUCUCUCUCUCUCUCUCUCUCUCUCUCUGUAUGUAUUAUUCCUUUGUUUAAAUUGUGUUAUAUAUGUUGGCUUGGGCAGCACACGUGGGAACAGGGUUUUGAUAAUUUUCCCUUGAUGUAAUAUAGCCAUUAAGCACAAAAAAGUUGCAUGAGCCAUCCGUUUUUACGAUUCAUAAUUUUGUGUUUAUAUUGUCUUGUACUUAGUUCGAAAAAGUAUUAGAAAGACUGAAUAGAAGAAAGCCUUUGCGUGCUAA